AUGGUGCCGCAGCUGGGCGUGCUCACGCCGGCCGCGUCCGUGCUCCCGCUGGCGUUCGUGCUCGGCGUGACGGCCGUGAAGGACGCGUACGAGGACUGGAGGCGGCACCGGUCCGACAAGAACGAGAACAACCGCACCGCGUCGGUGCUGGUGGGCGGCGUGUUCGUGCCCAAGCGUUGGAAGGAGGUGCAGGCGUGGGGGAGCGACCCCACCGGCGUCGCCUACGUGCAGACCAUCAACCUCGACGGCGAGUCCAACCUCAAGACGCGGUACGCCAAGCAGGAGACGAUGCCCACGCCGGCCGAGGCGCUCGCGGGGGUCAUCAAGUGCGAGAGGCCCAACCGCAACCUCUACGGCUUCCUCGCCACGGUCGACCUCGACGGCCGCCGCGCCGUCUCGCUCGGCCCCUCCAACAUCGUGCUCCGCGGGUGCGAGCUCAAGAACACCGCCUGGGCCAUCGGCGUGGCCGUCUACACCGGCCGGGACACCAAGGUGAUGCUCAAUAGCUACGGGGGGCCGUCCAAGCGCAGCCUCCUGGAGACGCACAUGAACCGCGAGACCAUCAUGCUCGCCGUCGUCCUGUUCCUCCUCUGCGCCAUCGUGUCGCUCCUCGCUGGCAUCUGGCUCGGCGACCACGGUGAUGAGCUCGGGGUGAUCCCCUUCUUCCGCAAGAGGGACUUCUCCGUCAAGGACGACCCGGACGCCACGUACAACUGCUCACGUGAAUAUACAUGCACAUGUGAGAAAAACUUUUAUACAAAGUUUCGUCAAACACUCGAGAACAGACAGCAUGAGCUCACACAGGCCAAGUUCCAGGUGCUGCGGAAGUCACGGUGGCACAAGAGGAAACGGCAAACUUUUGUGUGGCGCUCAAACCUAAGGGCAUUCUAG